GGCCGGACCCCCCGGACCAACAACCCACCGCUGCCCCGAUCUAGCCCCUCUUUCCGCCCACCGUCGUGAUGGCCCAGCAACAAAUGUCCUACCAGGACUGGAUCAAUGCCUGUGAGGAUACGGAUGGCAUUCGCUUCUCUUGGAACGUCUUCCCCUCGAGCCGCAUUGAAGCGACUCGCAUGGUGGUGCCCGUGUCGUGCCUGUUCACGCCGCUGAAGGAGCGCCCGCAACUGCCGCCAGUGCUCUACGAGCCCGUAACCUGCUCGCGCCAAACCUGCCGUGCCAUCCUCAACCCACUGUGCCACGUGGACUUCCAGACGGCCACCCCGUUCUGGGUGUGUUCCAUCUGCAGCCAGCGCAAUGCAUUCCCCCGCCAUUACAAGAACAUUAGCCCACAGCACCUGCCGGCCGAGUUGGUGCCCCAGUUCUCGACCAUCGAGUACACCCUUCAGCGCCAAGCCACCGUGCCGCCCGUCUUUCUCUUCGUGAUGGACCUUUGCAUGGACGAGGAAGAUCUGCAGGCGCUCAAGGAGUCCCUUGUCAUGUCGCUCAGCCUUCUGCCUCAAAACGCCCUUGUGGGCCUCAUUACGUUUGGCACUACCGUGCAGCUCCACGAGCUCUCGGCGCAGGGCGUGUCAAAGUCGUACGUCUUCCGUGGUACCAAGGAAAUCACUGCCAAACAGAUCCAGGAGUUGCUGGGUCUGAACCCGGGGCAAGCCCCGCGCCCAGCCGCCGGAGGCCCCGCUGGUCAACCUGCCAACGGCGCCGCUCGCUUUCUCCAGACGGUCAGCGAGUGUGACAUGGCCCUGACCGAGAUCAUUGAAGAACUGCAGCCCGACCCCUGGCCCGUGGCCCAGGGCAAGCGCCCGCAGCGAUCCACCGGUGCCGCCCUCAGCGUCGCUGUCAGCCUCAUGGAAUCGACCUACCCCAACACGGCUGGUCGCAUCAUGACGUUUAUGGCCGGUCCGCCCACUCACGGCAUCGGUCAGGUGGCUACGGACGACUACAAAGACACCAUCCGCACCCACCACGACAUCUUCAAGGACACGAGCAAUGCCAAAUUCGUCAAAAAGUCUUCCAAGUACUUUAUGGACCUGGCGCAGCGCGCCGCCAAGAACGGACACAUUAUUGACAUUUACGCGUGUGCCUUUGAUCAGACUGGUCUGAUGGAGAUGCGCUUUUGCACCAACUUUACAGGCGGUCACAUGAUCAUGGGUGACUCGUUCAAUACGUCGCUGUUCAAGCAAACCUUUCAGCGCGUUUUCAGCAAAGACACGUCGGGCAACUACAACAUGGCCUUCAACGCCACGUUUGAAGUCAAGGUGCCCGCGCAGCUCAAGGUCUGCGGCAUGAUUGGCCCUUGCAUUUCCAAUGAAUCCAAAAACGCCUCGGUCAGCGAGCAGGAGAUUGGCGUCGGCAACACCACUGCGUGGAAGAUUGCUGGCCUGGACAACAACACCACCCUCUCGGUCUUCUUUGAAGUGGCCAAUCAGCCCGGUCAAGCCAUUCCCCAGGGCCAGCGCGCCAACAUCCAGUUUAUUACCCACUAUCAGCACCCCGAUGGUACUAUGCGUCUGCGCGUCACCACCGUGGCCCGCAACUGGGCCGACGUGGCCAUCAACAAGCAAAUGAUUGCUGCUGGCUUUGACCAGGAAGCCUCGGCAGUCCUCAUGGCUCGACUGGCGGCCGUUCGGUGCGAGACUGAGGACGCCGCUGAUGUCCUCCGCUGGAUCGAUCGCAUGCUGAUUCGUCUUUGCCAAAAGUUUGGCGAGUACCGCCCUGAGGAUCCCAGCUCCUUUGCGCUGCAGUCCAACUUUACUCUCUACCCGCAGUUUAUGUUCCAUCUGCGCCGCAGCCAGUUUUUGCAAGUCUUCAACAACAGCCCCGAUGAAACGGCGUACUACCGCAACAAGCUCACCAAGGAGGACUGCAUCAAUAGUCUCACCAUGAUUCAGCCCACGCUGACCGCCUAUGCCUUCAACCAGGAGCCCGAACCCGUGCUGCUCGACUCUUCCAGCAUUACGGAGGAGCGCAUUCUGUUGUUGGAUGCCUUCUUUCAGAUUGUCAUUUUCCAUGGCGAUACCAUCGCCAAUUGGCGCAAGGCCGGCUUUCACGAGCAGCCUGAGCACGAGGCUUUCCGCCAGUUGCUCAAGGCGCCGCGCGAGGACGCGCAGGAGAUUUUGCUGACGCGCUUCCCCAUGCCGCGUUACGUUGACUGUGAUCAGGGUAGCUCUCAGGCUCGCUUCCUCCUCUCCAAGGUCAAUCCCUCGCACACCCACAACAACAUGUACUCCCAAGACGGCGGUGCUGCCGUGUUCACUGAUGAUGUCAGUCUGCAAGUCUUCAUGGAGCACCUCAAGAAGCUGGCAGUAGUCAAGACUUCAUAGAGAAGCGCCAGGAAUUUGAAACUGUUUUUGACUCUUGAUUGUGUCCUUUUUCUUUCUUUCUUCUUUCUUUGCCUCGACUCUUCCUGCUCGAAUCAAGCGUGCCUUGAUCGUUGACCGAUUGGGAGGCGUGGGAUUGCUUGUGCUCCGCUGCUGGCAAAAGGCUCCAGUCAUGUCCACAUGCUGGCCGUUGACUUUACCAUUCAUCCAAAAGCCAAUCGAUAAAAAAUUGC